AUAUUUCUUGGAUAACUGUAUUGUCACAUUAUUUUAUAAUUUAAUUUGCAGACCUAUAUGUAAAUAUUAGUGGGUUAUUAUACUAUCAAGAGCAUAAAAAUGCUUCUAAGAUGUGAAGUUAUUGUGGUGAACAAAUGCGUUUUUACAACUGAGUCACGUAAAUGUUAUGCUACAUUUUGUCUUCUAAAGAAGAAGGAUAAGUGUGGAGAAGAUGUUGUUUCUUUUGUUGUACACACUAGCAAGAACAAAAGUGGAGAUAAGUACCAGAUUAAAGGCAACAUAUUGCAAGCUCAUAGCAAGUUUAUAGAGGAAGGAAAGUGCACAUUAAGUAUGAAGGAUCCCCCACAUGACCUGAUAAUUUCCAAGGCAAACCCGUCCAGUUUAAAGAAAUUUCUGCACGUGCUUAAGUUAGCAUAUAAAGGAGAAGACACUUCAUCUGAAGAUAAAUUAAAUACAUUAGUGCACCCUAACAGCUGUGAUCUUGGCAAGCCGAAAACAUAUAUGAAAAUAUUAACAAAAGAAAAUUACCCAAUACGAAAAUCGUUUCCUCCAAGCUUAGAGUCUUUAUUAGUACUUCAUUGUUCACUGAAAAAAUUUGAUAGACGCAUUUUGAAACUGUUUAAUCUAAAAGUGUUGGAUUUAAGUUACAAUAACCUAACCAACUUGUGUCCAAACAUGGAUAGCCUGAUCCAUCUCUGGUCGGUUAAUUUGUCGAACAAUUCUUUCCAAACAGUUCCUUCGUGUUUAAUGGGUGCUGAAGUAUCGAAGCGCAUAACAUUACUCGACUUAUCAUACAACCAAAUAAAAUAUCUUCCCAAUCGAUUACGAUAUAUGAAGGAGCUAAUUACUCUGAUGUUGAGCAGAAAUGAGAUAGAAUAUUUACCUGCGAAUUUUGGUCGGUUACAAAAGUUAAAAUACUUAUAUCUGGAGCAUAACAAGAUAAAUGUACUACCGUGGAGCUUUCGAGUACUUCAGCUAAACCAGUUAAAUUUAAUGGGAAAUUUGUUUGAUAAGAAGAAGUGCGAGCUAAAAAGCAGCAUCCUCGAUAGUGUUCCAUCCUUAUUUGAGCUGUCAGCACGAUGCAUUGCCACGAAUAAAAUUAGGAUUCCAGAAGACUAUCUACCACAUUUUGUUCUUGAAAGAAUCGAGAAUGUGAAGUUUUGUCCAUGUGGUACUCCGUGUUUUGCUUAUUUUAUACCAUAUGUGCAACCAUUUAAUCUGUUGGAAGUUUCCUCUGUUGUCUCUUACGACCACUUCAGUGCAGGGCGCACUAUGGCUAAAAUAGUUGGCUAUUUUUGCUCCAAAGUUUGCUAUGAAAAAUGGCUUGCUAAUCCGAAUACGCUUUUUACAUCAAAGAAAGGGACGUUUAAAAAUUGAAGGAAGCAACUUAUAGAGGGUUAGAACUUUUAAGAAAAAGCUUUACCGAUGAAGAUGUACACCCACUUUCGUGUUAUUCUAGGUGUGUGAGUAACGACAUUACGAAACAAGGACAGGACCAUCUACGACGGAGAAAAUAUAAUUGUUUUUUAAUGCGUAUGUGCAGAUCAGGGUAAAUCCCCCCCAAGAAUUUCCAUUCUCACUUCGACUCGAUAGAAACCAUUUUAAGGUUGUAAGUAUAAAUGUGAUAUGGAAAUAUUACUAAAAAAAGCAACCAGAA